UUCCCUUACUAACCAGAUCUCCAUUUAUAGUCAUGUUAUUUCCUGUUUAAACGCGUACACAUUUAAGACCGAUUUAAACAAUGUUUAAACGUUGUAACAGUGGCUUGACUGUAUAUUUAGAGAUGUUCAGAAUAAAAUGAUACAGAGUUUCCCGACACUUCUUUGCGUAGAUGAUACAGUAAUACGUUGAUGGCCUGAACAUCAUCUGACGGGCACGCGACUUUCACGUAACAUGCACGCGACUUACAUGUAACACAGAAGUAACAUGCAUAGAACUAUCAAGGCAUCUGAAUCGGUCUAUUGAUUUUUUGAUUGGAUAAAAAAUUAUUAAGAAAUAUUUAAACAGGCAUUUUGAAAACCAUGAAUGGUUUGGAAAUUAAAUGAGAAAAAACAGUGUGAUACAGUUUGCACAUUGACCAUAUCAAAAUAGUAAAAUUUCAGUUAAGAACGGACUGAAAUUGACUGAUAUGGCUAGUAUAACAAUGGAGCAAACGCUACAACUGACCGAUGAAAACGACAAUGAGCUGGGCGAAAAAGCUGUCAAAAGACAAGAAAGUAUCGAGAAAAAUAUUAGUUUAUUUGACAACACAGAUGAGGUAGAUGAAGUAAUUAGCCAAUUGGACAACACAAUCAAAACUGAAAAUGAAUGUAUGGGGUAUCAAAGCGUUUAUCAAUCAUAUAUUGAAGCUACAAUCGACAAAGAAAAUGCAGAAGGGUCAAAUAAUUCCGGUCGUGGUCAGCAACAGGAAAUAGCAGUUGUAGGUUUUGAAUCAACUGCUGUUGACGUGGAUCGAUAUGACUCGGGUGUUUAUUCCGACAACUCGGAACCGUUUAGAGAUUCUAAAGAGCCAUUCUCAGAACACGAGGAUGACAAAGCAAUUUUGGUAUAUCAAAAUGGUGUCUCCCUGGAAAAUACUAUGAUUGAACAGGAAGUACGUGUUAAGGAGGAGAUAACUAAUGUUUAUGAGGGAUGUUCUGACACUGACAGCAUGGAAGAAAUAAAGCCCUCUUUACGCAAAACGAAGAAACAUUUUAAGACUUUGGAAGAAAGAUUGAAGUGUCCUACAUGUGGAAAGAAAUUUACAAAUCAAAGUAAUCGGCUUGCUCAUGAAAAAAUGGUUCAUAGAAAUAUGCGGCACAAUGUUUGCCAGGUGUGUGGACAAGGUUUCUACUCCUCCGCAACACUGAAGAAGCAUAUGAAUAAACAUACCGGAGAACGGCCGUAUAAAUGUCCCAUAUGUAAUAAGGGUUUUACCCAGCCUGGAAAUGCUACCAGGCACUUAGAAUCCCAUUCGCUAGUAGAUAAUUACGAGUGCCCAAUAUGCAAACGUGGAUUCAAAGAGAAAGGAAACAUGAAGCGUCAUGUUGAAACGCACAAUGACAUAAAGCCGUAUACCUGUAAAGUUUGUGAUAAACCUUUCAAAACAAGUUCGAAUCUUCAACGCCAUCUACAAAUGGUGCACUCAGGCGAGCGCAAUUAUUUCUGUCAAAUCUGCGAAAAGUCCUUUUCUUGUGCAGACAGUGUUAGAUUACAUAUGAAAAUUCACACAGACGAAAGGAACUUUUUGUGUCCAAAGUGCGGGAAAAGAUUCAUGGUGAGAGGAGCUUUACGGCGGCAUUUGUCAGUUCACGAAAAUGAUGACGAGAACAAAUUCAAGUGCGGUUUUUGUGAUAAAUUGUUCAAAACGGCCGAAACGCUGACUUUUCAUAUGGCAAUACAUACACAAAACUAUACAUAUUUUUGUCAUAUAUGUAACAAAGGCUUUGUCAAAGCAAGCGUCCUAAAACAGCACAUCCAAACACACUCCAAAGAGCGUCCAUAUGUAUGUCAAGUUUGCGAUAAGUCAUUUUCAAAAGAGCACACAUUAAGACGACAUUUUGCCAUUCAUGGUACUGAUAAACCCUAUGGCUGUGAACUUUGUGAUAAGAAAUUCUUAUACAGUUGGUAUUUGAAAACACAUAUGAACGUGCACUUAGGGCAACGUUCACACGUGUGCAUUGUUUGUGAGAAAGGCUUUUCAAGCAAGUUGUCACUAAAGAAUCACAUAACUAUUCACACGGGACAAAAAGAUUAUUAUUGUUCUAUUUGUGAUAAAAGUUUUCGGGAGCAAGGCAGCUUUAGGCGGCAUAAAACCUGCCGGAUGCACAAACGUAGAGAAGAGAGGGCGAAGAUAAUGUUGAAGUCUGAGCAAAAUGGCAAAAUUAUGGAUGAAUUUGCUGACAUUUUAUUGCCUCUGAAAUCAGAGUUUUUGGAAUAUGACAAAUGAAAAACUAGUAACUAAGGAAUCAAAAAACAUAUUUUUAAUAGAUUUGAUCACUCUACUUACAACAGUGAAUAAUAGAUUAAACAACUUUCAAAAUACAUUGAAAAUAAGAUUUAAAGCACUCAGAAAGAGUAGUGCAUUCUUAUCAAUUUUAUUUUAGUAUUCUUUUGUUUUAAUUAAUGGCUACAAUUUUAAAGAAUUUAUUAAAGAAGAGAUUUUUUUAUUAUUGAAUUGUGGUAAUGCAAGCAUAUAAAUUGGCAGUUAUGCAUGAUAAUUUAAGCACAAAAUGAAAUGUAAGCAGAGAUAAGCAGUUGUUUA